ACAGUGUUGGUCUGACGAUGAGAGCGCUGGGUUAUGGGAGGCAAUGGAAGAAGAGGCUAGUCACAUCCCGAUUUCACUCAUGUUGACAUUGUUGCGAGGAAUUUAAAUGCAAGAAGACGAAAACGAGUUGUGAGUCCCGAACUUGACCGGACAAUGGAAGUAGCUCUCUGCAGCAGUUCCAACUCACCCCUGGGAGUCAACUACCGAGACACAGAGAGUACCUGCAGAAAAACAUCAGUCAGCACCUCAGGGGUAACUACAACUACGUGUGGCUUGAAAGCAACACCUCUGUUUUUGGGAUGCAUAUAAGAGAAAGCGUAAAGAAAAAAAACACUAACUACGUAUGUAUAUAUUUCGUGUAACAACUGUGGAAUUCCGCCACUGUUCUAUGCGUAAGGGAUAUACAACCACGUAGUUAAACCUCUCCUGAGAUUGAGACAUUCAUUGAGACGCAGAGCACAUACAUUCUCACAUUUAUGACUGAAGGAGGCAAUGUUCAAAUUCACAAAUUCCCCUUGUAACACAACCCUAAUUGCCGUUUAGGAUCGCAAAGAAUAAAGGUCGGAAAUAUCUGUGGUAUCGUAGUUUAACGUGCUGUACCCUCAAAGCAACAAUAACCUGGGCUGAGUGAAAUCCCGCAAACCGGGUCUGCCGCUGUCCGUGGUCCUGAAAAAAUACUCAUUAUUUGGGUUAUCCGAAUCAGUAACGGCGGUCUAAGGAAGACGGUUUCAUGGCCUGGGCGGUUAUGAAAAUCUUGUGGUUUUCUUGUGACUCUGGAAUCUGAAAAAAAGCAACAGAAGAAUUGCCUACCUUGGAGGUCCGAAAUCAUUCAAGGAAUUGGAAUUCUACUCCUAUUGGUGCUCCUGGAGCUGUAGGUAGCCCGAAUGAGACCGGCAAAAAUGUACCGAAUAAACGCUCUCGGGAUCUAUUUGUGGGAAACAAUAGUAUUUUUCAGCUUGGCAGCCUCUAAAGAAGCAGCUGCUCGAAAAGCUGCCUCCCCAAUGCCUCCCUCUGAGUUCCUGGACAAACUCAUGGGCAAAGUUUCGGGUUACGAUGCAAGAAUCAGACCUAAUUUCAAAGUUGCAGGGGUCCCCGCGAGUGGAAGAGACCCACAAGGCCCCAAAACAGAAGCUUCUCACAAGAAAGGUCCCCCGGUAAACGUAACGUGCAACAUUUUUAUUAACAGUUUUGGGUCCAUCGCUGAAACAACAAUGGACUACAGAGUGAAUAUCUUCCUGAGGCAGCAAUGGAACGACCCCAGGCUGGCCUAUAGUGAAUACCCCGACGACUCUCUGGACCUGGACCCGUCUAUGUUGGACUCUAUCUGGAAACCUGAUUUGUUCUUCGCCAACGAAAAAGGCGCCAAUUUCCAUGAGGUUACGACUGACAACAAACUACUAAGGAUUUCAAAAAAUGGAAACGUAUUGUAUAGUAUUCGAAUAACACUGGUCCUGGCCUGUCCCAUGGACUUGAAGAACUUUCCAAUGGACGUACAGACCUGUAUCAUGCAGCUGGAGAGUUUCGGCUAUACGAUGAAUGAUCUCAUAUUUGAGUGGGAUGAGAAGGGAGCUGUGCAGGUCGCAGAUGGGCUGACGUUACCUCAGUUUAUACUGAAAGAGGAGAAAGACCUGCGAUACUGUACCAAGCACUACAACACAGGAAAGUUCACUUGUAUCGAGGCUCGUUUCCAUCUGGAGAGGCAGAUGGGCUAUUACCUGAUUCAGAUGUACAUCCCCAGCCUUCUGAUUGUCAUUUUGUCCUGGGUGUCCUUCUGGAUCAACAUGGACGCUGCACCUGCCAGAGUGGGAUUGGGCAUUACCACCGUGCUCACUAUGACCACCCAGAGCUCCGGCUCCCGAGCCUCCCUCCCCAAGGUGUCGUAUGUGAAAGCCAUUGACAUCUGGAUGGCCGUGUGCCUCCUGUUUGUCUUCUCGGCCCUGCUUGAGUACGCCGCUGUGAACUUCAUCGCUCGGCAACACAAGGAACUGCUGCGCUUCAGGAGAAGGAGGCGACACAUGAAGGAGGAUGAGGGCGGUGAGGGCCGGUUCAGCUUCACCGCCUAUGGCAUGGGCCCUGCCUGUCUGCAGGCCAAAGAUGGCAUGGCCAUCAAAGGGAACAACAACAACGCCCCGACCGCCACCGCCGGCCCUCAGGAGAAAACGGUGGAAGAGAUGCGCAAGCUCUUCAUCGGCCGCGCGAAGAGGAUCGACACGGUCUCUCGCGUGGCUUUCCCGUUAGUCUUCCUCAUCUUUAAUAUUUUCUACUGGCUCGUCUACAAGAUCAUCCGAAGCACGGAUGUACACCAGAUGACGUAAGCAAGGGAAGAGAGAGAGUUCAAUACCACACCAUCCUGCUCCCAAACCCCAAUACUCCUCGCUCUUCACUUGCUCACUUGCUUUUGGUGGCUAUCGCUUAUCAAUAUUUGUUAUUUUCUUUUCUUUUCUCCCUCUUUUCUCCCUAAUAAUCCGGACCAGUGCAAUAGCAAUGCAGUAAAAUGCAUGAUAUAUGAAUGUGGCAAUAUAUUUACAAAACGAUAAGUCAGUAAAUAUUACGACUUUUACCGAUACAUUCAAGAGCUUUGGAAUUUAUGAUAACUGAGAAAAAAAAAGAAAGAGCGAGAGAUUCUCUUCUAAGAAGUGUUAUUUUUUUUUCGCAACUCGAAGAAGACAAAAUACUGCAUUAUAAAGAAGGAGAAUUUGGUGAAACAUGAAACAGCACUGUAAUAUAGUAUAUAUCUAUCAUACAUUUAAAAAAUGGUUAUUUCUUCGAAAGGCAGGCGUCUGGAUGGAACACGAGGGAUGGAUUUUUAAAAGGAUUCUAAGAUUGUUCUAAGAUGAUUUAGUGAUUCCAUGAAUGAAGUGAUGCAAGGAUCAUAUGUCCUAUAUAUCUCAAUUAGCUUCAAUGUGUGUUGCAAGCACUUGUCAAACGCUCCCUGAGCCCUCAACAGAAACUGAGAUGUGGUUGAUGCUGCUAUCAACUAAAUGAAGGAAACUUGAUGAGUCAAAAUAAUAUUCUAUUGUUUCUAACCGCUGUGGUCAAACGUGUUCCACUGUCGGCCCUUAACUUUAUUUCUUAAUUGCAUAUAGUUUUUUAAUUAACGUGCUCAGUAUACAUCAUGGUGCUGUAAUCAGCUCAAGCUCUUCUUGGGAACUCUAAAGUCAAAUUCUAAAGGGACAUUUGCCAUCAUUCACAUAUCGUCAUUGUUGCAUUUCUUAAUUUAUUUAUGCAUGUGCUAUUUUAAGGAUUUGGUACUUCAAUCAAAAUAUGAUUAAUUAAGAGUAAAUCUAGAGAGGAAAAGCAUUACAAAAAUCCUGAUUCUUCCUACUCAUUUAAUUGAAGCUAUACUGUUAACAUUUCUUUAGUUCUUUUCGUAAGCUCAUUGUUUAUUGCCCAGGUACAGUAAGAUACCCGGCAGGUCGAUGGAGGAAAAAUGUAGUGAGUUAAGAUUUAACAAGAAAACACCUACUGUACCUUAACGAUUAUUACCAUUGAUACAUAUACCCACAUUAAUAAUGUAGCUUUAAAAAAAAAUGUGUUAUUAUAAUCAUUUUCAAAAUAUGCCUAAAGAUAUUCACUCAAAAUCAUGGAAAUAUGUUUGCUACUUUAACACCAUGAUUAACAUCAUGUUCUCAUUGGUGUACCAUACAGUACAUUUUAUAGUUCACACAACUACAGGAUUCUGUGUAACUGAUUCAUUUAUUCAAGAGGCUUGAUUUAAGAUACUGAAAUCCAUUACUUCUCACCAAGCUUUUCUAUGCAAUAAUUAAUAUAUGCAAUUAUUUUUUUAUUAGCUUUACCAUUUACAAAACAUUAUCAUUAAUCGGUUUGAACUUGUGUGACAUCAAGGCUUUUAAUCUCAGAUAUUACAAAUCACAGUGCUCAUAUUUCCAAUGGUGGACAUAUACAUACAUACAUACAUACAUACAUACAUACAUACAUACAUACAUACAUACACACAUACAUACAUACAUACAUACACAUA